UUCAUAGAGGCAUACGUACGAUGCACUUGUGCGGAUGAAGCUUGAAACAUGGCAGCGCCGAACUGCUCGAACGCAAAUUGUGACGCCGGUUUUUCUGCUGACGUGACCACGAGUUCUUGUCCGCUUGACUAAAUGAGCCCUUCAAAAAACUGACGAUGUUAACGAGUCUUUAAUUCAGAGAACGGCCCUGUGGCAAAGACGAAGUCUUCUGAUGCAAUCGUAUGAGCCCACUAAUUUGUGUUUCACUGCAGCACAAAAAAAAUGUUUACUUUCAAUCAGCUUGACAUUAGUCAAGUCUUCAAGCAGAGGUGCUUGGGACUUGAAAAGACAGCACACGGGAGGAGGUUCCCAAAACGACAAUGUAUCUACAGAGCGAUGUUACAACCCAACAAGAUCUGUCCAACAUCAAGAAAUAACAAGGACCACCGAAAGUCAAUAAAAUGUGCUGAAAAAAAACAGAUAUCUCCACCAUUAAAUCCUCCUCAGAAAACUGAAUAUGGGUUAAUUUGUCAAAAGAUCAGCUACCCACAAACCCAUAUGUAUCAACAAGGAAUCUCCAAACCCUCAAUUCAGACAUUCAAAACAACCAUCAAGAACAAAAUUUUCACUUUCAACUUACCAAGUAUGACAUGUGAAAGUAUUCUUAAAGAUAACAAAAGAUAUUUGACACCAUAUGAGCAGAUUGAAAUUAAAGAAUACAGAAAAGUCUGGUACGUAGGAAAAAAGGAUACUAAAAUUCGUACACAAACCACAUCUGAGGAGGCCAGGUCAUUUGAUGAUGACCAAGGAUUCUACAAAUCAAGGAUUGGCGACCACUUGGCUUACCGUUUCGAAAUAUUGAGGGUGAUAGGAUCAGGAUUUGCUGGAAAAGUACUCAAGUGUAAGGACCACAAGACAACAAUGCUCGUGGCAGUCAAGGUCUUUCGAAACACAACUGAGGGUCAUGGGUUUGCAGAGGCAGAACUAAAAGUUUUAAAGACCCUGCAAAAGUUAGACAAGAGCAACAAAGCCAAUAUAGUUCACAUGAAGGAGUACUUUUACUUCCGCAACCAUCUGUGCAUCACCUUUGACCUCUUUGAAAAGGACCUCUUUAAAGCCUUAAUGCAGAGCAAAAUGCGGCGACUCCAUGACGGGGACAUUAGAAAAUAUGCCACAGAUGUGCUUAAGUGUCUUCUAGUGCUUAAAGGCAUGAAGAUUGUUCAUGGUGACCUGAAACCUGAAAACAUUCUAUUAGACAAGGAAAACAAUGCUGCAGUGAGCGAUUUUGGAGGCUGCAUUUUUUUGAAAGACAAUGAUAGACCAACGAUUUACACUCUACCGUACAUGUCUCCAGAACUGCUCCUCGGCAAAACUUCUACCCCAGCGACUGACAUGUGGAGCCUCGGCUGUAUGUUGGCUGAACUCGACAGAGGCUACGCUCUCUUUGGUGGCCAUACCAAAGCAGACAUGUUCUACUCCAUCACAAGAGUUCUUGGCCUCCCACCAAUAGAAAUGCAGGUUGAAGCAAAUGAAAAAAAAUUCCGCAUUGGCAGCCCGGACAUUGAAUCCUCAAAACUGCAUAAAAAUACACUGGCCAUAAGGAUAAGGUCAAGCAAUCCAAAGUUUCUGGAUUUCAUUUCGUACUGCUUGGAAUAUGAUACAAAGAAACGCCAAACACCAGAACAGGCUUUGCGUCAUCCAUGGAUCCUAAACACAGAUGCGCCGAAACCAAUGAAGACAACUAUUAAAAUGAGUGUCAAAGCAGCCAAAACCAGCUUACUAAAGAGAGACAAAAUUGCACCACCCCUGUUGCAGCCAUUGGUACUACAUAAAUAGUGACCCCUGAACCCUUGGACAUUGGGAUUAAACACUACAUGCUUGUAUAAAAAUACAUGCAUAUAUUAAAAAUUGUGGGUAUAUCAUAAUAGCAAACUUAGCUGAGUCAGUAGCAGAGUUAUAGAGGCAAUGGGAGCAACAAGGAGAGGCCUAAGCACCAGCUACUAGUUUGCAAGGCCAUGACUCCAAGGACUCCUAAGGCUCUACAGACCUACCUAAGGAAUACCUGAAUUAACUAAGAGAAUGCCUACAUCUCUGCCCAACAAAUGGAUACUUAGAGAACAUGGCAUCAUGCAGGCAUACAGCAGUGUGCUGAUCUUCAACAACUCAAUGCCAAAAUAACAGGAAGCCAGCUUCAAGACCAUUGCACAUUUCACCAUCAAGUGCAUCUUAAACCAAAAUAAUGCAUACUUAAUUUACAGUGCCAUUUUUAUAGUGCCUUUCGACCUCCAAGGUACUCACCUAAUGAUGAUGGUGUGUACUGACAUAGCAUCAAGGCUAAUUUUUGUUAACGUCCUCUAAAAUCUUUUGACAGACGAGACUUUGUGACUCUACCACUCUGUGCACCCUGAAGUCCCUAACAGAUAGUUGCAAAUACGAUAUGGAUACAGAGCUAUUGUGAUUGAAGCAGGUACGAAAAAGCCAUCUCAGUGAUAAGAACAAGACUUAAUAAGCCUUGCCACGUAUGUGCUAACAGUCAUCAAAUACACAGCUGGAAUUGUCACUGAAAUUGAAAGAUGCUGCUGGUGUUACGACAAGAAACUUGACAAUGCACAAAAGCUUCCACCUGGAGUUGAGCACUAUGAAGACAAAAGUGUGUCAGCCACAACAGUGGAUGCAUCCAUGAAUAUUUGCGGGACCAUCCACAGGAUAAACUGCAUUGGUGGUGUACUUGUUAGAAUUUAGUUUGGAGGUGAUUGGUAAUCCCCUUUUGUAAUGUUUUACCUUUUGAUUAGUUUGUGUCUUGUUGUUUUUUUUUUUUUGUAGAAACAGGUUCCCUGAGAAGGAUGGCCUGUCUCUUUUUUUUUUUUUUUUAAAUACA